AUGACAAUAUAAACAAUUAGGUGUACAUUAAUAAACACAUUAAUGACAAGUAUCAAAAGGAUAUAAAUUACCAUCAUCACAAUCUUCUCCAUCGACAACAAUAGCAUCUCCACAAAUAUUCUUACAUUAAUAAUUGGUUAAUAAAUAGCCAGAUUUACAUUAAGUACAACCUUUAAUUGUACAUAUCUAACAUGAUUAUUAACAUGAUAAUUAACAAUUAUAACAUCCAUCUAACAUUAAACUAUUCAUAUCUUCACAUUUUUCAUUACCAACAAUAAUAUUAUCAUAACAUAAUUCAAUACAUUUAUUUUUUGAUGUAUCUAAAUAAUAUGUACUUACACAACUUUAACAUUUAUUACUUAUACAGUUUGUACAAAUAUCUAUUGUUUAACAUUAAAAUUAACAAGCUGCAUUGCAACCAUCAAAAUUAGCUAAAUUAAAAUCAUCACAUUAUUCUAUAUAUCUAUUAUAUGGAUCUACUGCUAAAUAUCCAUCACCACAAAUGUUUAUACAAUAGUAAUAUUAUGGUCUAAAUCCAAUUGUUUUACAUUCUAAACAUGUAGUUCCAUCAUCACUACAAGUUUUACAAUCAUCUCUGCAUACUCUUUUACAAGCUAAACAACUAUCAUUAGAAUCAAAAUUAUAUCCAUCAUCACAAGGUUCAUUACCAACUAAAUAUCUAUCACCACACUUUUCUAUACAUAAACUUGAAGAAGCAUCAAACAUCCAACCAAAUGUUAAACAUUCAGAACAUAUACCUUUGAUACAUCUUGUACAUUAAGGUUAACAUUCAAUUUUACAUUAAUAACAUCCAUCAAAUUAUAUACUAUUUGAAUCAUCACACUCUUCUAAUCCACUUACUAUUCCAUCACCACAAAUAUCUAUACAAGGAAAUACAGUAGUAUUAUCACAAAUAGUACAUUAAGCAGGACAUUAAUAUCUACAAUUAUGACAGCCAUCAAACUAGAUUUAAUUUCCAUCAUCACACUAUUCUUAAUCUACAACUAAUAAGUCUCCACAUAUAGAUUGACAUUAAUUAUUUAUAUUAUUAAAUCCAGAUGAACAUAUAACAGUAGGACAACUCUAAUUAAACCAAAUUGAAAUACCAUUUCCACAAAUCUAAUAACAAGAUGUUAAUAAGACAUUUUCUAAAGAUGGACAUUAAAUACAAUUAUCUUAAUUAAUAUCAUAAUAACCUUUUUGACAUUUGCAUUAAAAUCCAUUCAAAAUUCUAUUUUAAUUUGAAUAACAAGAUAAACAAGAUGAAUCUGAUUAAUCAAAACAUUUUUCACAUUUAUUUGUACAUGAUAAACACUUCAAUUAAUAUUCAUCAAAGUAAUAUCCAAUUAUGCAUUCACAAGAAUUUCCAUUUAAUAUUAAAUUAUCUAAUACUAUACAUGCUUAACAAUUUUAAUUGGUAGGUCCAUUGCAUUAUUUACAUAAUUUAUCACAUGGUUAACAUAAUUAGAUAUUAUUCUAGUCAUAAUAACCAUCAAAACAAAUACAUUAUCCAUUUUCUAAAUAUCUUAAAGAUGUCGAUUCACAAUGUAUACAAUAAUUUGUUGAUUAACAUUAUUUACAACUAUAAUGACAAUCUAAACAAUUUAUCCCAUCAUAGAAUUAAUUAAGUUAACAACCUAAGAUACAAGUUGUAAUAAUCAAUUAAUAAUUAGGUUUACAUGUUAAACAUUCAUAUUCAUUAAAACAAGUAAGACAUUCAAAAGGACAAUCUUCACAAGUAGAUGUAGUCUCAUCUACAAAUUAAUUACUUAAACAUUAUGA